GGAGGAGGAGGAGGUUCUGGCUGACCAGCAGCUCUGGAACCAGGAGAGGGACUCCAGUCUGGACCAAGAGGACCCAGAGCCUCCACAGAUUAAAGAAGAACAGGAGGAACUCUGCAGCAGUCAGGAGGGAGAACAGCUUGGACUGAAGCAGGAGACCGAUCCCUUUAUGUUGACUCCUACUUAUGAGGAAAGUGACCACAGUGAAGCAGAACCAACCAGUGACCAGCAGCUCCUCUCUCACAGCUCUGCUGUAGCUGAGAGCCAGGAUCAGGAAGGAAGCCAGCAUGGAGACUCAGGAUCAGCUAGUAAUGCAGAGCUAAAGCCAAAGGGGAGAUGUCACAAAGACACAAGUCACAGUAGCAAUGUGGACACCUCUCCCCUGUCAGAGACUCACUCUGAUCAUUGCACAGAUAGAAAGUCUUUAAAGUGUGACACUUGUGGGGAAACUUUUAGGUACAAGACCAAUUUCAGUAGACAUCUUAGGAUCCACACAACGGAGAAUCGGUAUUGUUGUGAGAUAUGUAAGAAAAUUUUCAGAUAUAACAGUGACCUUUUGGUCCACAUGAGAAACCACACAGGUGAGAGGCCGUAUGUUUGCAAGACGUGUGGGAAGGGAUUCAUUGCAUCAUCGGGUUUGAAGAUUCAUUUAAGAACCCACACAGGGGAGAAGCCGUAUUCUUGUAAAACAUGUGGGAAGAGUUUUACAACCAGCAGUUGGUUAUUGGUCCAUAUGAGAAUCCACACAGGUGAGAGGCCAUAUGUUUGUGAGACAUGUGGGAAAGGAUUCAAGCGAUCAUCAGAUUUAAAUGUUCAUUUAAUAAUCCACACAGGUGAGAGGCCGUAUGUUUGCAAGACAUGUGGGAAAGGAUUCAAGCGAUCAUCACAUUUAAAUGUUCACUUAAUAACCCACACAGGAGAGAGGCUGUAUUGUAAAACAUGUGGGAAAACUUUUGCACAAAAGAUUUGCUUGUCAAGACACCUAAGAACCCACACAUGUGAGAAGCAGUUUUUUUGUAAAACCUGAGGAAAAAACCUUCACAUAGGACAGUUCCUUUUUGGUAUGAGAUUCCACACAGGUGAGAGAUCAUAUAUUUGCAACACCUGUGGGAAGGGAUUUAAGUAUUAUUUGGAUUUGAAUGUUCAUUUAAGAACACACACGCAGGAGAAACUGUAUAUUUGCAAAAACAUGUGGAAACUGUUUCACAUACAAGGGUCCCACCUUUGUCCACAUGAGAACCCACACAGGUGAAAAACCAUACUCCAGCAGCACUUGUGGGAAAGAUGCUACAUGACAACACACUUGGAGAAAAGAGUUUCUACGGGUUAAAAGCCAUAUUAUUACAAAAUGUGGGAGAGCUUUCAGAUUUACCUUCCCAAAGCAGUAAAGAAAUUAGGACCUCAGUCAAGUGUGGCUUUAUUUGGAGGUAACACAGUUACCCUUUGAUUUUCUCCAAAACCUGAGUGAAAUGACUUUCCCCUGUAUCAAGCAAGGACAGCAGCUUCUUAUGGAUUUUCAUAACCUCACCUUCCACCCCAAGAGGUUGCAUGCCUGUUUUGCACAGACUCAAAGAGAAAGUGGAGAGGUCUCUGAUCUGGUGAGAAUCGUAUCAUAUCACAUAUCAAUGGCAAACAAAUGUUCCUGGACAUAUCACCCUUUGACUUGCUAAAGAAAUGGGCCAUCAGGACUCCACUAUACACCUUCACCAAAGCACCAUCUCCACCUCACUCCAGACCCCUCUCUGUGUAUAGCUGAGACCAGCUAAACGAUUUGCCCUCCAGCUUUAAUGGCCCAGGGGUUUAAGUCAAAUUCUAGGCCUUCAGCCAAAAUCUCCCAGACCUGUACAUCAAGUCUGUAUGUCAAGUUAUGGUGAAAGACAAAUUGGUGUCAUAUAGUAGUUACACCUCUAGUUGGCUUCCUUAAUACUUUGAUAAAGAUAAAAGUCAAUAAUUCCUCUUGGCUUCACAUUAUUAUCAAUUUGCAAGAUAGUCAGAAUUGGCUGUACAUGACUGAGAGGUUUACUUGAAUGUAUAUGUAUGAUGUGAUUCAGCUGUUUUUCUCCUACAAAUUAUUAGACAUGAUUUGCUUUUUGCUGUUUUUGCUACAUCAUUUCUGGUCAGACAGUAGUGGUUUCCUACUCUGAGGCACUUGAUAAAUACUGACUGAAUCUCCUUUGUAAAUGUACGGUGGAACAGCUUUACACCCUUUACACAAACACAUUGUAAUGGCUUCAUGUCUGUGAUUUCUGUAGUUAAAUCUGUUGGAUUCUGCUACUGUGUAAGACUGUAAAAUUGAACGUUUCAAUGAUGAAGUAGAUCUUAGUAAAUGUUAUUAAAGCAGCCUUGCAUGAUUAGACAUUUUCAGUAUGUUAUGCAUGUAAAGAUUGAAUCAGAAACAGUUUUAUUGGCCAGCUGUGAUGGACACACGAGGAAUUUGACUCAGGUACAUUGG